AGUAGGUGUGGCUUUGUUGAAGGAAGUGUGUGACUAGGGGGUGGUGAGCUUUGAGCUCUCAAGAAGCCAAAGCCAGUUCUCUUCCUGCUGCCUUAGGAUCAAAAUGUAGAGCUCGCAGCUCCUCUCCAGCGCCAUGUUUACCUGCAUGCUACUCUCCAUGAGGAUAAUGGACUGAACCUCUGAAACCCACAUGUAGGUCUCCAGAGUGGCACUCCUGUGACAUCUGUGACAGCCUUUCAGCCCCGGGUCUGACACUCUGACAUGAAGAUGGCAGCCAGGGUGAUCUGGGGUAGCCUCAGCCUGCUUCGCGUCCUGUGGUGCCUCCUUCCCCAGACUGGCUACAUACAUCCAGAUGAGUUCUUCCAGUCACCCGAGGUCAUGGCAGAGGACAUCCUGGGUGUGCAGGCUUCACGGCCCUGGGAAUUUUACCCCAGCAGCUCCUGCCGCACUGUGGUCUUCCCACUGCUGACCUCUGGCUCUGCCUUCUGGUUGCUCAGGCUCUGGGAAGAGCUGGGGCCCUGGCCUGGUCUGGUGAGUGGCUACAUGCUGCUGGUGGGGCCCCGACUCCUCCUCACAGCACUGUCCUUUGCCCUGGACUGGGCUAUGUACUAUCUGGCCCCGCUGUGGGGCGCAGAUCGUUGGAAUGCCUUGUGUCUGCUGUCUGGUUCCUAUGUCACCCUGGUUUUCUACACAAGGACCUUCUCCAACACCAUCGAGGGACUGCUCUUUACCUGGCUGCUGGUGCUGGUGUCCCCUUACGUGGCAAGGAGUCCCACAUCAAAGAAGCCUGCCCCAGGUCCACGGUGGCACAGCUGUCUUCUUGGUGCUAUCGUGGCUGCUGGCUUCUUCAAUCGGCCAACCUUUCUAGCCUUUGCUCUGGUCCCCCUCUCUCUCUGGGGCAUCCAUAGGGCCUUGGAACUUGGCAUCAAGGCCCUGAUCCAGGAGGCCCUGGUGCUGCUGCCAGGGGCUGCUCUUGCCGCAGUGCUGUUUGUAGCCAUGGACAGCUGGUACUUCUCCAGCCCCUCAAGAUCCAGCAGUCUUGUUCUUACACCUGUCAACUUCUUGUACUACAACCUGGAUCCCCAAAACCUUGCAAGGCAUGGCACACAUGCACGGCUCACCCACUUGGCUGUCAAUGGCUUCCUGCUCUUUGGGGUAUUGCAUGCUCAAGCUCUGCAGGCUGCAUGGCAACAACUUCACAGCUUCGUCCAUGCGUUUGCACAAACGGGCCUCUUGAGGGUGCUGGAUGCCCAGGGUCUGCUAUCUAGCUCCAAGUCUAAUCUCCUUCUCCUCUACUUCACACCCCUGGUCCUGCUAUCUGCCUUUAGCCACCAAGAGGCUAGAUUUCUGAUUCCCCUCAUAGUCCCUGUAGUCCUGCUUUGCACUCCGCAAACACAACCUAUACCCUGGAAGGGCACCCUGGUCCUCUUCAAUGCCCUAGGUGCUCUCACCUUCGGCUGCCUGCAUCAGGGAGGUUUGGUACCUGGCCUUAAGUACCUGGAGCGGGUAGUGCAUGCGCCUGUCCUCUCAGGCAUGACGACUCACUACACACUUCUCUUCACUCACACCUAUAUGCCUCCCCAGCACCUCCUGCACCUCUCGGGCCUGGGAUCGCCCGUAGAGGUGGUGGACAUGGGUGGGGCUGAGGACUGGGUCCUGUGCCAAGCCCUGAACAACUUCAGCACACAACCAGCCUGCCAAUUGGCUGGUGGACCAUGGCUCUGCCGGCUGUUUGUGAUAACUCCUGGGACCAACAGGGAUGCCCUGGAGAAGUGCAGUUUUUCCCUGAAGAAUGAGACUCUCUUGUUUCCCCACCUGACCCUGGAGGACCCUCCAGCCCUGUCCUCCCUGCUCAGUGGGGCUUGGAGGAACUACCUUAGUCUUCACAUCAUAGAACUGGAGAAGGCUGUCACUACAAAUCAGCCAGGGCCCAAGAGUCAGCCAUAGAAGGUACCGCUCCUCCUUCUACAGUCUUCCAGGCUGGGACGUUGAACAGGACUCCACUGCUGUUUCUUCUGGGCACAGUCACAGGUUGUUGUUUUAGGUGAACACACAUCCUUUCCCUCAGACACCAAAGAUCUGACCAGUCACGGUCCCGAUGCCAAGGUCCCCAAAGAAACCCAUCUUAACCAUUGGCACCUGCCUGUUUCUAUGCCGUUACUUCCAAUCAUUGUAAUGUUUAAAAUAUAUAGUAGCACCUGGUUCUGAAAGACAAUGAACUGCUGACAGCAUUCCUGCGUGGCCUCUCCCAAGCUUUCCACAACGCCUGACUUCUUGCUUCCACGACAACCCUCUGAUUUCCAAUCUGGCUACAACAGGGUGGUGAAGUAGAGAAAGCAGAUAGUUUGGAUUCCGCUCUAGCCUCAGUCUGCAACUGACAAACUGUGGUCGUAAGGAAGUUCCUUCCACUCGGCCAACCUGCUAUCCAACCUUACUGAAGAUGGGAAGAUCUGAAGAGCAGUGUCAUUCCUGGAGCCCAUAGCACAUGUCCCCUAGCUUGAUAAACGUGUCUCUGAAGGAUUCUUUAACUGGGAA